AUGACAACUACCGUUUCUGACACAACUGCCGCUCCUCCGUCUGCUUCUCCACCGACGAUAGAAGGAGACUCGUCCUCACCAAAAGCCAAAAUCCUCGAUGGCAAAGGUUGCGCGGCGCAAAUAAGGUUGGAAAUCAAACAGGAAGUGGAGGAGAUUUUGGCGAAAUCUUCCAAAACACCAGCACCACAACACCAUCUUCCCCCCGGCCUCGCGGUCAUUCUAGUUGGAGAACGACCGGACUCCGCCACCUACGUGCGGAACAAGACGAAAGCGUGUGUCGAAUGCGGCUUCCACGUGGAGGACUUCAAAUUGGAAGAGUCGACAUCGGAACAGGAGCUAUUGACUUUGAUGGACAAGUUGAAUUUUGACGAAACUUUUCACGGAAUUCUAGUCCAACUCCCACUACCGAGCCACAUCAACGCACACAAAGUGUUGGAAAGAAUACGAGUGGAGAAGGACGUGGACGGAUUUUUAGCCUACAACCUGGGUUGUUUAGCCGCCCGGGACCGGCAUCCAUCCGCGACGGCGUGCACGCCCGCUGGGGUUUUGGAGUUGUUGAAGCGGAAUAACAUUGAAAUCGCCGGGAAAAAAGUGGUGAUUCUAGGGAGGUCGAACAUCGUCGGAAUCCCAUUGGCGUUACUCAUGCUGCACAGCGACGCAACGGUGGUGAUUUGCCACAGCAAAACGCCAGAUUUGGAAACCGAGUGUAAGCAGGCGGACAUCCUUUGUUGCGCCAUGGGGAAAGCCGAGUUUAUUGACCAGCAGAGCUUCAUUAAGGAAAACGCGGUGGUGGUGGACAUCGGAAUAAAUUCGAAAGACGCGCCGGAGUUGAAAAAGGGAUAUCGGCUGUGCGGGGAUGUGAAAUUUGACGAAAUUGCGAAAGUUGCGUCUUUCAUCACCCCGGUUCCGGGUGGGGUUGGGCCCAUGACAAUUGCGAUGCUGUUGAAAAACACGCUGGAGUUGUGGAAGAGGUCGAGAAUUGUGGAGGGUGUGAUUGAGAAUGAAUGCGAAGUAGGACAGGAUGAAAUGCUGAAGAAGGCAGCAUGAAAGUCAUGUAAUGUGUCACGUCUACCAACAUGAUUAUCUGCAAGCAAGAAACAUCAUCAGUUUUUGCAAUAGAAUCAC